ACUAUUAUUUUUUGGAGCAGAGUUGGGUAGCAAGUGAGGAAAGGAGAGAUGUUUCUGAUAGUAUCUUAUUUCCUCAAUAGCAUUUAGACAGCAAGUAGAUAUUUUAUACUCCUAUCCAGGAAACUUUUAAGUCCUUUCCUGGUGAAGAGAAUUGGCAGUGGAAUAUAGAGAGGCAAUUAAGAAGGUUGUAGUAGGUAGGUGGAUGAAGCAGUAAGAUUUGGAAAUUUAGCAAAGCUUCUCCCUUUACAAAGUAAAAAUCCUUUCUCCCUAACCCCUUUCCUCCCUCUUUCCUUUCUCCCCCACCCCCCAUUUAAGAGACUACUGGAAUCCUACUCUGAAAUGUUUGCUCUCUAGGAUAGCUUGAGGAAGAUAUUAACAUCUAGUCACCCUGACAUCCUCUAAAGUCAUUUUAGAAAUAAUCUAAGAUCUGGGAUUCCUUCAUAUUCUAUCUAUACCCUCCAUUUAUGCUGCAUAAAUUGCAUCAGGCAAAUGCAAGGAGUUCUGGAUUUGGAUUUAGGAAUUUAAGUUUAAAUCCUGGCUCUUUUUACUUGCUGUGUGAUCUUUGGCCAAGCAAGUCACUUAAAUUCUCUUGGCCUCCAUUUCCUCAUUUGUAUAAUGUAAGGGAGUCAACAUCUCUUAAGUUCUUUCUAGCUCAGGGGUAUUAAUGGAACACCAUUGGGGAGUAGAGGUAGAGAAAGGAUGCUUACCUUUGGUGUUCCCUUAAAAGGGUCUUAAUAUUGCUAACCAAGUUGUGGUGUCAAGUCAACUUGUGCAUAUUUUGAAUUUACAACAGAUUCUCAGACAUCAGGGAAAAUGAGGUUUUCCUAACACAUCCUUUCUCUUUUCCUAUCCCCCCUUUCCCCCCAAGUUCUUCCAGGUACAAAAAGCACUGUGUACCCAACUGUCCCUUAUGUCCUGGAGCAAGAGCUUACCAAUCUUUUUGUUAAAAGAGACAUAUUUAUAAGUUUUUAAAUGGACCAUGGUGGGUUUUUUAAAGCAAUGUGGUACAGUGGAAAGGGCAUUUGAAGUCAGAAGAUCUGGGUUCAAGGCCCUAGCUCUAUCACAUUAUUAGCUGUGAUACUGGGCAAGCUCUUUAAUUAUUCUGAGUCCUCAUUUGUAAAAAUGGAGAAAAUACUUGUAAUACCCACUUCACAGGGUUGUUGUGAGGAAAGCAUUUUGUAAACGUUUAAACGUUAUAUAAAUGUGAGCUGCUAUUACUACUACUACCUACCUCACAAGGUUGUUGUGAGGAUCACUUUGUAACUGUAAAUCACUGCAAAAUAUAUAAAUGUGAGUUGUUAUUGUAAAUGGAGAAGGAAAUAGGUCUUCCACAAUAACACAUGUAAUGGAUGAGAUAAGUCUUGGGAUAGAGGGGGAGGAAGGAGCUAAGAUAACACACAUAGGUAAAAGUAUUUAUAAUACAUGGUAAGUGAAGAUAAUAUGAAUGACAGAUAAUUAUAAGAGGGUGGGAUAGGAAAAUUAUCAUGGGAAAGAUGGCCUUUAGGGAAUUUAACAGGGAGAAAGACCAAUCCAGUCAUGAACCCAGCUUGGACAAAGGUGGGGAAUGGAGAAGAAUAAAGUUGAGUAAAAUAGCAGUUGGUCUGCUAUUAUAUAGUAAUAUUGCUAAAUCAAAGAGUAUGCCACAAUUUAGUGAUUGAAAAGGCAUAGUUCCAUGUUGGAAUCUUUACAAACAGCUAACCCUUCUUGCCUCAGAGAGAGGGCUUCUGAUGUAAUUCUGCUGAAAUCUCCCCGAAAGUCUUUCUUUUAUACAAGAGAGAGGAAUUGUGGGAUACGAGAGAGGGGGAUUAUGGGUUUUCUCCCAUAGUGCUCUCUGGCCCGAAGAGCUUUAAGGGAGGUGUGAAUUCACAAAGUUACAAAGUUUACUUUGUGAAUCUGGCAAACUUGUGAAUUCCGAUGAGUAAAGGUGUAAAUACAAGCAUUGUACUAAUUAGUUCUACUUAGUACCUUGUUUCAGGUUCUGACCCAAAACAUCUUGUAAGAUAGAUCAACUCUAAUUAGUUAGCAGUUUGUAAAGAUUCCAACAGUUCCACAUUGCUUUUCACAAUGGCAGGGCCAAAUUACAACAAUAGGGUGUGAUCAUACCUGUUUUCUGGAGGGCAAUUCCAAAAUCUGGUGUUUUCCAUUUUUGGCAGUCUAAUGGUUAUAAAGUAGAACCUGUCUUUUUUCUUUUUAUUUCUCUAAUUAGUGAUUUGGAUGUUUUUUCAUAUUUUGUUGAUAAUUUGAAUUUCUUCUUUAGUAAACUUUAAUCCAGGAUAUUGGGAUAGGGGAUGAAACGGGUUAUAGAAACAAUGUAAAAAUCUUCAUAAAUUUUUAGAAGCUUGCCUAGGGCAGUGAAGGAUUAAAUAACUUGUCCAGGGUCAAACAUGUCAAGAGGUCAAAUGUAAAAUGGUGUCUUGCCUUAGAAGUAGGCUCUGCUUUUCUCCAUAACUAGUAUGUUACAGGAAUAAUAAUGAAAGAAUAGUGAUAAGUCGAAGUGAGAACUCAUUUCUUACUCUGGGCCAGUUUAGGACUAAAAGAUUUGAACUACACUAUCUCCCAAGUCCCCUUUAGCUAAGGAAUAGUAACUGGCCUGUCUGAAGCCAAAAUGAAAGUAUCUGGUAGGGAAAAAUUGAGAAUGGUUUCAGAUGCUGCCGAAAGAUCUAAAUUCCUUUAAAAGGCCAUCACACUAGGCUAUUAUAAAGUUGUUUGGGAGAGCAAUUUCAUUAGCUCUUUAGCUACGUUGCAAGAGUUUGAAAAUAAACUCAUGAGAUCUAGCUAUAGAUAAGAUAUAUUAUAAGCAAGUGGGAAAAUAAGCCAUUAAGGUGAAGGGAAGGUUUUGUUUUUGUUUCUGUAAGGGUAUGCUUGUGGACAAAUGGGAAGGAGAAACGGAAAAAGAUUAAAGAUGCAGGAGAAAGGGACAAGACUGAAGUCAAUUCCCGAGAGACGAAAGGGAAGGGAAUCAGAGAUAGUGGACUUAAUUAUAUAUACAAUUAUCCCUAAAUGACCUAAGACAAGAGUGGGUGACGAUCAGCAAAGAUUCUGAACUAAAGUUCUCUUCCAGUAGCCCCAAAUCUUCCCUUGGGUUGGUUUGUCAUCUGGAGCCCAGAAGCUAGAAAAGAGCCCUUUAUGGUGCGAAGCAAUCUAAUUGUACCAGAUUUAGAGCGGGUGCAUCUGCUAAAAUGAAAAACGUGAUUUGUGUGUGGCUUGCAAACUGUACUUCCAGUGGCAGCGCCGACAAAAACGCCAAUCGCUCGGCUCUGCCGCGGAGGUGCUCACCCACAACCCCGACGGUCGCUUCCGCGGAGCCUCCGCUUAACCCGACGGGGCUCGGGGCUGGCUGGCUGGGUUACCUGACCCAGAGUCUUCUCUAGCUUGCUGGGUCUGGCGAGGCCACGGGCACAACUACACCUUCCAAGGCCUCCAAAUCUCAAAGUUCGGGUGAAGUUGGACGUAUUUGUUACUACUCUUUACGGUUUCCCCCUACGUAGUCUGAACGGUCAGGUGGCCCCGAAUGGUUUCUCCCGAGGUGGAGUUGCAGAGAGAGAAGCGAGAAAAACCGUUCCCUCCAGGAGUCUGCGCAGUUCAUGUCUUACUGUAGUUGGCGCAUGCGCGUCUUCUGAGGCGCUGCAAGAUGGCGGCAGGCCGCUUCGUCCCGAUUCGGUGCUCCGGAGAGUUAGCGGAAGCGAGGGCUGCAGUCGCCCGGGAAUAACAGUAGCUGCUUCGCAGUGGGAAUUCCCUGGCCCUUUUCCGUGAGCAGAACGACAUCAAGAGAGACCUUGAGGCCCCGAGAUUCAGAGGGAAAGGGCAAAGCGGGCCCCUCCCCCAAACCUCCCCACAGAUCGGCCGACUCUCUCUCCCCCCUCCCUUUUUUCCCAGCGCUCAACACGCGAGUUUGUGACACAGGCGCAGAAGGAGUCGGAGGGGGCCCUUUGCUCUCGCGCGUGUGCGGACUUCAGCGCGCGCUUUCCGUCUAUCGAUCUUGAUUGGUCUAAAUUCAUCGCCUCCACUCCUCCCCUUCCUUCUUGAUUGAAGAGGAAGGGGAGGCGGGGCUGGGUGGCGCAUGCGCAGCAACCUUACUGUCGCUGUUGCGUUGCAAAAAAAAUUUCUGGCUGGGUAGUCUUGUGGCUCUCGUGCGAGGGCUGCGAGGGGUUUGAGAAAGUGUUGCGGAGGGAAGGGGGUGGGGGUAAGGAGUCGGGUAGUGUUUAGGCGCCCGACACAAACUCCCAUCCCCCGUCCCACGGGACUCCCUGGUUCUGGUUGGGAAAGGGGCUAUGAGUGCAAGGUGCUGGUCAGGCCCCUGCUAGAAGCAGGGUCCCUGCGUUCCAAAACGCUUGCCACUCGGGCCAGAGGUUUAGAAGGGCAUUGCUCUAGGCCUUGUACGCCCCUGCCCUCUAGGCGAACCUCCUCUGGUCCCGGACUGGUUUAAACACUACAUCCGAUUCCAAACUGAUCAAAGUGCAAGACUAGCUGCUUCCUCGGCCGCCCCCCCCCGAGCGCCUCGGGGCCGCCUUCGGCGCCGGCCCUCCCACCCCCACCGCCAGCCCAGCCGAGCGCGUGCACCCGCUUUCUCUUUCCCUCUCAGCCCCCAGCUUGCACGCACCCGCAGUGAUUGUUUUGCCCGCUCCCGCCGCCGCCGCAGGAGGAGCAGCAGCGCUUGUGCAAGGGGGAAAGAUGGCGGCCGGCGGCGGCGGCGGAGGCGGCGGCAGCAAGGCCUCCUCGUCUGCUGGGGCCCUGGAAUCUUCGCUGGAUCGCAAAUUCCAGUCGGUGACCAACACGAUGGAAUCCAUCCAGGGCCUGUCGUCAUGGUGCAUCGAGAACAAGAAGCACCACAGCACCAUCGUCUACCACUGGAUGAAGUGGCUCCGCAGAUCUGCCUUUCCACACCGACUGAAUCUUUUUUACCUGGCCAAUGAUGUUAUACAGAACUGUAAACGGAAAAAUGCAAUCAUAUUCCGCGAAUCAUUUGCUGAAGUGCUUCCUGAAGCUGCCUCUCUGGUGAAGGAUCCAUCUGUCUCUAAGUCUGUAGAACGAAUUUUUAAAAUCUGGGAAGAGAGAAAUGUAUACCCUGAAGAAACAAUUGUGGUACUAAAAGAAGCUUUGAGUACCACUUUCAAAACUCAGAAGCAGCUGAAAGAAAAUCUGAACAAACAACCGAAUAAGCUGUGGAAGAAAUCACAAACCUCCACCAACCCCAAAGCUGCUCUCAAGUCUAAGAUAGUCGCCGAAUUUCGAUCUCAGGCUCUCAUUGAUGAACUGCUGCUGUACAAACGUUCUGAGGACCAGAUUGAACUAAAGGAGAAGCAGCUGGCCACUAUGCGAGUAGAUGUGUGCAGUACAGAGACUCUUAAGUGCUUAAAAGAUAAAACCGGUGGGAAAAAGUUUUCCAAAGAAUUUGAAGAGGCAAGCUCCAAGCUGGAAGAAUUUGUGAAUGGCUUAGACAAGCAGGUGAAGAAUGGGCCCUCGCUGACAGAGGCACUAGAGAAUGCUGGAAUUUUCUAUGAAGCUCAAUACAAGGAAGUCAAAGUGGUGGCCAAUGCAUAUAAAACCUUUGCUAACAGAGUGAACAAUUUAAAAAAGAAACUGGAUCAGCUCAAGUCAACUUUGCCUGAUCCUGAAGAAUCUCCAGUCCCUUCACCAAGCAUGGAUGCUCCCUCACCAACUGGUUCUGAGUCCCCUUUCCAGGGAAUGGGAGGAGAGGAGUCCCAAUCACCAGCUGUGGAAAGUGAGAAAUCAGCCACACCUGAGCCUGCUACAGAUAACCGGGAUGUAGAAGACAUGGAACUUUCAGAUGUGGAGGAUGAUACAUCAAAAAUCAUUGUGGAGGACAGGAAAGAAAAACCUGUUGAGAAGCCAGCUAUAUCCACGUCUGCACCCACUAAACUAACAGAAAGUAUCCCUAAAGCAGCACCGUGUACCACAGCUUCUGUGACUGUGACAUCAACUCCACCACCACCAAAACCCAUGAGCACAUCAGUUCUUCCUCCUUCCCCCGCCUUGGCUUUGCCGAAUCUAGCCAAUGUGGAUCUUGCAAAAAUCAGUUCCAUCCUUAGCAGUCUGACAUCUGUCAUGAAGAAUACAGGGGUCAGUCCUGCAUCAAGACCAUCUCCAGGCACUCCUACGAGUCCCACUCACCUCCCAGGCAACCUGAAAGCUCCUGUUCCUGCUACUACAACAUCUCACAAUCCUCUGGCCAAUAUCCUCUCCAAGGUGGAAAUCACCCCCGAGAGCAUUCUCUCUGCCCUUUCCAAAACGCAGACACAGGCAGCCCCUGCGCUUCAAGGCCUGUCAUCCUUACUUCAGAGUGUUACUGGGAACCCAGUUGCUUCAAGUGAAGCUGCAUCCCAGAGCACUUCAUCUUCCCCAGCCAACACCAGCAUCUCCAGCAUGAAAGGGAGGAGUCUGCCCUCUAAUACACAGUCCUUUAUGCCCAAAAGCUUUGGCUACUCUCCUAACUCUUCAACUUCUGAAGUUUCUUCCACUUCAGUUAGCAAGGUCCCCAUAGGACACAACCCAGGGCUCCCAACCUCGAGUUUUAAGCCACCAUCCAACUCGCUGGGAUUCUCUGCUUCCCACAGUGCAAAUCCUGCUCUUCCGUCCACUGAGCCUGCUCUGGGGCAGUCCUCCGAGAUCUCCAAGCCAAAGCUAGAGUCAGAGCCCACCUCCCCAAGCUUAGAGAUGAAGAUCCACAACUUUUUGAAAGGUAACCCUGGCUUCAGCGGGUUGAAUCUAAACAUCCCAAUCCUCAGUAGCUUGGGGGCAAACAUCCCAGCUGAGAGCCAUCCAUCAGACUUUCAGCGAGGUCCCACAAGCACUUCCAUGGACAACAUUGAUGGGACUCCUGUCCGGGAUGAACGGAGUGGGACUCCUACCCAGGAUGAAAUGAUGGACAAACCAACAUCCAGUAAUGUGGAUACUAUGUCCUUGCUGUCCAAAAUCAUUAGUCCUGGCUCUUCGACACCCAGCAGUACGCGAUCACCACCUCCUGGGAGGGACGAUAGCUAUUCUCAGGAGCUAUCUAACUCUGUAUCUUCCUAUCGGCCUUUUGGCCUGGGCAGUGAAUCCCCCUACAAGCAAGCGCCUGAUGGAAUGGAGAGACCCUCCUCACUCAUGGACUCACCACAGGAAAAGUUCUAUCCAGAUACCUCUUUCCAGGAGGAUGAGGAUUACAGAGAUUUUGAAUACUCAGGUCCCCCUCCAUCAGCCAUGAUGAAUCUAGAGAAGAAACCAGCUAAGUCGAUCCUAAAAGCAAGCAAGCUUUCUGAUAGCGACUACCAGCCCAUCAUGUCCAGCUACAGCCACAGGACCCAGGAGUUUGGCGUGAAGUCUACCUUCCCUCCAGCAAUGAGGGCUCUCCUGGACCCAAGUGAGAGUUGUGACCACCUGGCCUCCUCUCCAGGACUGUACAGCACCUAUAACCUGAGAGGCAGCGAGUCUGGCUCCGAGCGGUCACCCUCGCCAAGUAAAAACGACACCUUUUUCUCUCCCGACUCCAACCACACGAGCCUCUCUCAGACUGCCACCACACACCUCGGCCUGCCUCAGAAGCAGUACCCGGACUCCCCUCACUCCAUCCCUCACCGCUCCCUGUUCUCCCCACAAAGCACCCUGGCCACUCCCACAGGCCGCCCAGCUGCUUCGGGCGUAGACAAAGUCCUGGCCUCCACCAUUUCCACCACUUCAACAAUUGAGUUUAAAAAUAUGCUCAAAAAUGCCUCCCGCAAGCCCUCUGAGGAUAAGCAUUUUGGCCAGGCUCCUGGCAAGGGAAACGCGAGCGACGGGGUCGGGCUCACCGGCCUCGUCCAGCCCAGUCUGAGCUCCAGCGAUCAGCAGCAGCCGCAGCCAGAGGAGCACUACCGCAUAGAAACCCGGGUCUCCUCUUCCUGCUUAGACUUACCUGAUAGUACUGAGGAGAAGGGGGCCCCAAUAGAGACCUUGGGUUACCAUAAUGCCUCCAACAGGAGGAUGUCAGGGGAGCCGAUCCAGACAGUAGAGUCCAUCCGGGUGCUGGGGAAAGGGAAUAGAGGACAUGGGCGUGAGCCUUCCAGGGUGGGUUGGUUUGAGUUGAGCCCCUCCGGCAGCUCCUUUGACAAUGGCCCCUCGAGUGCCUCUGAGCUGGCCCCCCUCGGGGGUGGGAGUGGAGGGGGGCUCUCUGGCUUCAAAGCAGCAGCCUACAAGGAGCGGGCACCCUCAUUUCAGGAAAGUGUCAGCUUUCGCUCCAGCAACUUCAACUCUACUUUUGAACACCAUCUUCCCCCACCUCCCUUGGAGCAUGGGGCACCCUUCCAGAGAGAGCCCAUGGGGCCAUCAUCUGCCCCCCCUGUUCCUUCUAAGGAGCACGGUGGGCUCUUCUCUCGGGAUACUCCCAGCCACUUGACCUCUGUGGAUCUUUCGAACCCCUUCACCAAGGAAGCAGCCCUAGCCCAUGGUGCCCCACCCCCUCCUCCUGGGGAUCAUAGCGGGGUUCCUUUCUCUACUCCGCCUCCUCCUCCACCCCCCGGGGAGCACAGCGGCAGUGGUGGCGGUGGUGGUCCUUUCUCUAACCCUCCCCCUCCUCCUCCCCCUGUCGACCACUCAGGGGUGGUCUCCUUCCAAGCCCCACCCCUGGCAGAGCACAGUGGAGUGCCGGGGCCUGUCGCAGUGUUCUCCAAGGAGCAUAGCUCCCUCCUCCAAGGCAAUCUAGCUGAGCAUUUUGGUGUGCUCCCAGGACCCCGGGACCCCACACAGAGGGACCUCAACGGCCCUGGCCUCAGCCGUGUGCGUGAAGGCCUAAAUCUGCCCACACAUUCUCGGGAGCACCUAGGCCCAAGCCACGGAGGAGGUGGGGGGGGCGGCAGCAGCAGUGGCCCUGCCUUGGGUCCCCCACACAGAGACACCAUCAGCCGGAGUGGAAUGGUCUUACGGAACCCCCGGCCGGACUUUCGGCCUCGGGAAUCUUUUCUCAACAGAGACCCGUUUCACAGCUUAAAGAGGCCCAGGCCACCUUUUGCUAGGGGCCCUCCGUUCUUUGCACCAAAACGCCCAUUCUUCCCUCCCAGGCUGUUCCGCAGGCCAGAAGACAGAGCCAAGAUCUGGGCUCCUGGAUCUAUGACUCGGGCCAAAGACUCAACCCCCUCUCUCCCUGCCCCUCAGGAAACUCUGACCUCUGUAGCCGCACAGAAUCAAUAAGCUUCUCUAAGGGAAAACCCACCGUCCUCCAGAGACCCUUCAUCCUCAUUUUCCUUGUGACUGAUUCAAUAAACAGAUUCAGCCCUA